GAGUCGCACUGCCACUACGUUUCCGAAUUUCACGAGUCUUGUGUGUGCGGCUCUCCGCCCGGUCGGUGCCACUUUUAGUUCCGCGUUUUUUGUCUUUCGGAAGUCUCGCGAUCUGCGGCCGACUUUCACUUUCGGAACAAGCACUGGGUGUCUGUACAGUUCCCAUCUCGGCGACGCGUUCGGGGACUGCAACACAGAACAGGGGAAGAGGGUCGGUUCGGUCGCGCGCUUCUGCAGUCCCGUUCCACUUUUUUGUCUGGUCGUUAAACGGACCUUUCUCUCCUUUCGUUUCCCCGUCGAACGGCAUUUUUGCCUUGACUUCUCUUUGCACUUUUCCCAGUGCCUCGCUCCGGAACCCCGUGUCCGGCAGUGACCUCUGGUGUGGUUCCCUGUCUUCUGGUUCGCCGGCUCGGCGUUACCUCGUUUCUCGCCGCUCCCCGUCCGUAAUUUCUGUCUUCAACUUGCGUAGACAAAAUGACGGCUGCCAAAAAACUCAGUCUCUUCAGCCUCGCUGCUCUGUUCUGUCUCCUGAGCGUGGCUACUCUCCGACCUGUCGCUGCCAGUGAUGCGGAGGAAGGAAAAGUCAAGGAUGUAGUCAUCGGUAUUGAUCUGGGAACGACCUACUCGUGCGUUGGUGUGUACCGCCAUGGCCGCGUUGACAUCAUCCCGAACGACCAGGGUAACCGUAUCACCCCCUCUUACGUUGCCUUCACCGAUGACGACCGCAAGAUCGGUGAGGCCGCAAAGAACGAGGCGACCAUCAACCCGACCAAUACACUCUUUGACGUGAAGCGUCUCAUCGGGCGCCGCUUCAACGAGAAGGAGGUCCAGAAGGACAAGGACUUGCUUCCCUACGAGAUCAUCAACAAGGAUGGCAAGCCCUACAUCCGUGUCAUGGUCAAGGGCGAACCUAAGGUCCUGGCGCCCGAAGAAGUCUCCGCCAUGGUUCUCACCAAGAUGAAGGAAACUGCCGAGCAGUUCCUCGGCAAGGAAGUCAAGAACGCCGUCGUCACUGUCCCUGCUUACUUCAACGACGCUCAGCGACAGGCCACAAAGGACGCCGGUGCGAUUGCUGGCUUGAACGUCAUCCGUAUCAUCAACGAGCCGACCGCUGCUGCUAUUGCGUACGGUCUGGACAAGAAGAACGAGAAGACCAUCCUCGUCUACGAUCUUGGUGGUGGUACUUUUGAUGUCUCCGUUCUGGUGAUUGACAACGGCGUCUUCGAAGUCCUUGCCACAUCUGGUGACACUCACUUGGGAGGAGAAGAUUUCGACCAGCGCGUGAUGGACCACUUCAUCAAGUUGGUGAAGAAAAAGUACGACAAGGAUCUGCGCACCGACAAACGCGGUUUGCAGAAGUUGCGUCGUGAAGUCGAGCGGGCGAAGCGUGCUCUUUCUUCUCAGCACCAGGCGAAGGUGGAAGUUGAGAACCUCAUGGAAGGUGUCGACUUCUCCGAGACCCUGACUCGCGCCAAGUUCGAGGAACUGAACUCGGACCUGUUCCAGAAGACCCUGAAGCCCGUGAAGCAGGUCCUCGAGGACGCCGACCUACAGAAGAGCCAGGUCGACGAGAUCGUCCUUGUCGGUGGUUCCACUCGUAUCCCUAAGAUCCAGCAACUCAUCAAGGACUUCUUCAACGGAAAGGAGCCGAACCGCGGCAUCAACCCGGACGAGGCCGUCGCGUAUGGUGCCGCUGUUCAGGCUGGCAUUCUUUCCGGUGAAGGUGCACAGGACAUGGUUCUCCUCGAUGUCACUCCUCUCACCCUCGGUAUCGAGACAGCCGGUGGUGUCAUGGCCAAAAUCAUCAACAAGAACACCGUCAUCCCCACCAAGAAGACGCAGACCUUCUCCACGUACUCUGACAACCAGUCCGCUGUCCUCAUCCAGGUGUACGAGGGUGAGCGUCCGAUGACCAAGCACAACCACUUGCUCGGCAAGUUUGAGCUGACUGGCAUCCCUCCAGCGCCGCGUGGUGUUCCUCAGAUCGAGGUGACUUUCGAUGUGGAUCGCAACGGUAUUCUGAGUGUCUCUGCCGUUGACAAGGGAACUGGAAAGAGUGAGAAGAUCACCAUCACCAACGACAAGGGUCGCUUGACUCCGGAGGAGAUCGAGCGCAUGAUUUCCGAGGCGGAGAAGUUCGCCGAGGAAGACAAGAAGGUGAAGGAGCGCGUCGACGCUCGCAACGCUCUUGAGGGUUACCUGCACUCCAUGAAGACAACUGUCGAAGACAAGGACAAGCUCGCAGACAAGAUUGAAGAGGACGACAAGAAGACCAUCCUCGACAAAGUGACUGAGGCCCAAGAGUGGCUCAACACCAACCCCGACGCAGAUGCCGAAGAGACUCGCGACAAACUGAAGGAUGUUGAGGCUGUCUGCAAUCCCAUCAUCUCCAAGGUGUACGGUCAGAGCGGCGGACCCGGCGCAGGUGGUGCCGCUGGCGGCGCCGAUGAUGAUGACUAUGGUGGUCACGACGAGUUGUAGACACACCUUUUUGAGACCUAACCAAAGGACCAGUUGCAGAAAAGAAAAUGGCUUCUGUUUUCGAGACUCGUGUCACUGUCGCGUGUGCUUAGAGUAUCUCGUUCAUGUCAGUCUUGUACUCUGAAAACCAUCUGAUUUCUCGGCUAACUCAUCUAAGAACAACUUUCCUGAUUCGCCGCACGCCAGUAUGGACGGCGAUGUUUUGUGGGUGUAAAAAUGCUCGAUAAAUGGUUGUGCGGUGUCUAGCUUGCGUGUCUCCUAGCGUCUAUACGCCUGUCUAGGUUCAGACCUUUUUUAGAUUUACAUGACAAUUUAACCAAAGCACAGAAAACAGCUUCGGAAUAUCACAGUAAGACACGCCACAUAACUCGGCACACGAGUGUGAUGAGGAAGAGUUGCUAACGUCUUCCCGGCAGUCACAAUAUUGUAGUCCGCGCGCGAAUUGUUCCCCAAAUU